UACACUAAAACGAUAAACACUUGCAUCACGAAAGUUAAAGGGCAGAUAAAAGUAACGAUUACGAUUUUCCCUCAUUUAAAUUCUUAAACAUAAAUAACCCUUAAUGUACUCAUGUACUCCAUAAUGUCAAAAGGAACCCUAAUUUAUACCGAGGAGUUCGUCGACCUCGCUGCGGUCCACGGCUAACUUCAAUGCGGCAAAAUUAAAAAAAAAAGUUGCCGUCAGCUGAGCGAUCGCUGCUCUAUUCACUCGGGACAGAACUGUCAUGGCAUCGCGAUCGAUGGCUAGCCCGUGCCUAGGAAAAGUCGGGGAAAUUGCAAAUAUGCCGCGCUAAAUGUCACGGAACGUUAUAAACGCUAUGCGACAUCGUUAGUGGGAGCACUGUGCUGGUUUUAGUGGUGUUGGUUAGCUUUUUCAGUGGCUUUUCAGUGUUUUUUCAGGGAUUCUAAUUUUAUUCUCGUCUAACGAGAACCUAGUUGCACUUUUUCUGGGGAGAAAGAGCCAACCUGCGAGAGGGAUUCCUCAUUCCAGCAGGCGCCGCACCAGUCCAACAGAUCCGAAUCCUCCUCAUCAUCAGCGGACACCAACUCCCAGGGCUCAGGGUCAGAGCGGCCCCAGCGAAAUGUGCCCCAGGUAACCUUGGUGUCUGAUCAUGUCACAAACAUUCCUCAUUCAAUCAGGCGCCGCACCAGUCCAACAGAUCCGAAUCCUCCUCAUCAUCAGCGGACACCAACUCCCAGGGCUCAGGGUCAGAGCGGCCCCAGCGAAAUGUGCCCCAGCGUGAAGAGAGGCGAUUUGAAGCCGCCCUCGGCCCUCAGGUGCAAGCCAAUCCACUAUUAAGGUCCCGAACUCUUCCAAACUUCGGCGGUAAGCGCGAGCGCUCUGUGUCCCGCUGCGAUACAUCGCGGCGCGCCCACCACAUCACCAUGGCGAGCGAAGAUCUGCUCCAGCCAGGACACGUGGUCAAGGAGAGAUGGAAGGUAUGUGUGUCCCGCUCACACUGAAGUGGCGAGCGCUCUGUGUCCCGCUGCGAUACAUCGCGCCGCGCCCACCACAUCACCAUGGCGAGCGAAGAUCUGCUCCAGCCAGGACACGUGGUCAAGGAGAGAUGGAAGGUCGUGAAGAAAAUCGGCGGCGGCGGCUUCGGCGAGAUCUACGAGGGUCUGGACCUGGUGACCCAGGAACAGGUGGCUUUGAAGGUGGAAUCCGCGAGGCAGCCCAAGCAAGUGCUGAAGAUGGAGGUGGCGGUGCUGAAAAAACUGCAAGGAAAAGAACACGUCUGCCGGUUCAUAGGAUGCGGUCGGAACGCGCGUUUCAACUACGUAGUGAUGCAAUUGCAAGGGAGGAAUCUGGCAGAGUUAAGGAGGGCACAGCCGAGGGGCGCCUUUUCACUGUCCACCACACUCAGGUUGGGCCUGCAGAUACUCAAGGCGAUAGAUUCCAUACACUCAGUCGGAUUCUUACAUAGGGAUAUUAAACCAAGCAAUUUCAGCAUAGGCCGUCACCCGUCAAACUGUCGGAAAGUGUACAUGCUAGAUUUCGGUCUAGCCAGGCAAUACACCACCAGCAAUGGGCAGGUUAGGCCUCCACGCGCCGCGGCAGGGUUCAGAGGCACAGUCCGCUACGCGUCAAUAAACGCCCACAAAAACAAGGAGAUGGGCCGCCACGACGACCUGUGGUCGCUAUUCUACAUGCUAGUAGAGUUCGUCAACGGACAGCUGCCGUGGAGGAAGAUCAAGGAUAAGGAGCAGGUCGGACUAAUGAAAGAGAAGUACGAUCACCGCCUCCUUCUCAAGCACCUGCCGUCAGAGCUCCGUCAGUUCCUAGAACACGUCCAACAGCUUGAAUACGCGGACAGUCCAGAUUACUGCAUGCUGACUGCGCUACUGGAGAGGUGCUGCAAGCGGAGAGGCAUUAGGGACACGGAUCCGUACGAUUGGGAGAAAGACGCGGGCGCGGGCGCGGGGGCGGGCGCCGCGGGCCGUGCGCGCGCCGCCGUGCACGCCGCGCCCGAGCACGCCGUGCCCACCGACAGCGUGCCCGACAACACCCGCCGCCGCCUGGAAACGGAGGCGACGAUGGCCGGCACGGACACGGCGCCCGCGUUGCUGGCGCACAAACUGGACAACAAGCGACCUGAACCGGACAAACAUGUUAAUGGAUACUCAGCCACAGACAAGGCGACGGCGGAGAAAGAGCCCGAGGCAAGGACCACGCCGGCGCCCUCACCCGACCGACAUGCCAAGGAAACGAGCACUUCAGUGGUGACGGGCACCACGGCCACGCGGCCCGAGCGGCAGAGCGUGCCGCCGUGCAAGCCGCGCGUCGGUCCCGGAGGGCCGACGUUGGCUCGGCUUCGCGUGGUGACAGCGCCACCGUGCUGCGUGCAGGAACUAGCGCAUCAAGACCACACGCCCGCCACCAGCAACCCAGCUGAAGCGGUCAGUCCUAGGAUCUUGGCCGACGUGGACAGCGUACACUCGGACACGCAUUUCAAGAGAGGAACCCGCAGAACGGCGAGGGCGCGCGCCGACCAGAGUUACACACAAUUUGCUGUUAUGGAUGAUGAAAAUGUCUCGGCUUUGCAACAGGUGACAAAGGGAGGCGCCUUGACUCUAGUAUCUCUAUGGAAAUCUCAGUUCGACGAUUCAGAGGAAACUACAGAUAAUGAAUGGAAACAGGAGCAGUUACAGUCUCCAGAGCAUCGAACAGGCGUCAGCAAUGCACGCAGCAGUGCGGUUUCUAGUUCAGCCAACGCUCCACGCACACAGCGCGUUAACACAAAUGUUUCACUCAACACGAGAGACCCUCCCCCCACACUACAGCCCGCGCCAGUGCCGGUCCCCCCGGCCGUGGAGCGGGCCGCGCCACCAGCGCCGCCGGCACCCCUGUCCCCGCGGCCGCAGCGCUGCCUGCACAUCCCCGGCAUCGAGGCCUUCCCUAAACUGCGGCCCGCUUUACCAAGAAGCUGGACUUUACCUGCUAUAGGCGCUCACGUCCGCAAACUCCGACCGCCGCUACUACAGCAAGCGUCGUUCGACGGCGGCAGCGGGGGCUCGCUGCGCUACAGGGUGGACGUGAUGCGCGGCGUCGCCUCCCGCCACGAGGGGCCGGCCACUCCCACCCCGCCGCAGAGGGCCAACAGUGCGCCGAGCCUGUCAAGUUCUUCAACAACCACAGCACCACCGCGGAGACCAGAGAAACAGGACCCGCCAGAGGGCGCCACAGUAUCUAGUCGGCUAGAAAUACGAGUCAGACCGCCUGACUCCGCCUCGCCUGGUCAUUCAGUGAAAAUCCAUUCUGUAGUGAGUGGAGGAGAGCCAAUCAGGAAUCACGAGGACGCUUCGGUUUAUUAUGACGCCACGGACCAUAGAGACAAACGGUCGUUGACCCGAAGCGGAGAGAAGAGUCAAAGCCCAGCUGUAGAGAGGACCAGAUUAGACACCAUACCAGAUAGAACCCCGGAACGGAUUGUGAAACGGGAAGUAUCCAGCGCGGGUGGCGAUGGAUCUCAGAGUUUGAGAGAUCGUUCGACCACCAGCGCCACCACGUCUCGUAUCCCCAUAGCGACCAUGGCUGAGAACAGGCUUGCCAAGUGCGCCUCCUGGAGCGGGGACGGACCUCUCUCCCCGGACCCUAACGAUCUGACGCCAGCGCUCCGUCGCCGCCGUCAGAACGCGAGUGAGAAGUACGCGGCGGACCCCGCGCGGGACCUGAACCUGCGCUUCGCGCGCCCCAGGCACCGGCAGCCGCCCACCGUGCACUCUAGGAGCGGGUCCCGCGGCGUGGCGCUGCUGUCGUCCCCGCCCGGCUCGGGCGCGUCCUCCCCCUCCGCGUCGCCUCCCCCCGCGCCCGCGCCCGCCGCCCCCCUCGCGCCCCCCGCCGCCCCCCUCGCGCCCCCCGCCGCCCCCGCCGACCCCGCGCCGCACUCCGCCCACAACGCCGCCCGAGCCAGGAGGUUCCGCCCUCUCUCCAUCGCGCCAUAGGAUACCACAAACAGCUGUGACACAGCGGGGGACUUCUAAUCACUAACAUAUACACAGUAUAUAGUUAUAUGUAAUCGUUAUGUACACAUUGAGAUUGAGCAUGAGAUUACACAAGUCAAAGCAGUCCUGUACAGUCAAAGACAUUUGUGCAGACUAAGUGGUCAAAAAUGUCUAUACACUACUUUAUUGAAUUACAGAGAAGUCUUAAACUCAAUUUUUUAGGGUUUAUAAGCUACGGUGUCCACUUCCCAUGAAGUACUCUUUGGUGAAGUGUAUACAUUUAUGUGCUUGAUUGUACUCGAGGGAGACACACUAGCUGUGAUACCGGAAUAUGACGUUGGUGGGGGUUUUCAGAAAAAUGGUAUCAUUUACUUUUAUUCCAAAAACAAAACUUCCGUGAGACACAGACAUAUUAAAUAACGCAAGCUCCUGAUGACACUCCUCGGUACGGAGUGAAACAUGUCGAGCGUUUUUCGACUUAAAAUACGUGUGACCCGUUGUAAAUAUAUUUAAUAUAUUCGAAAAACCAUCACUUUUGAGUUAUUUAGACUCAGAAUCACGAAUACUAUUGAAUGAGACAAAGAAAAAAAAGUGUGACCAGUUUUUCAUACAAAUUUUGGGUGUCAGUUUUGUAACGGUCCAUACAAAAUAAAAAAUCCAUAAAAAUGCGUAAUAUGUUUUUUUUUUUCUUUUUAAAUCGAUAGUCCUCGUGAUUCUGAGUAGAAAUAACCUAAAAGUUGACAGAUUUUCGAAAAAAAGUAAAUGGUACACUGUUAAUUGAAAAUGCCCUGUACCAAAGUAUAGGGAACGGAGAAUUAUAUGACUAGUUCUAUUUCAGUGGGUUUUUACCUUUGAGAUUUGAGAAACAUAAUUUACGUAACACAUUCACCGCUGAGCUACGGUCGUAGCCGAUGAUAUGGGUUUCCCGGUAUGUAGCGCAAAAUGCGUGUCGUGAUUAGCGCUGAAUGGAUUAAGUGGUUUAUUAUUUGAUUGUUUUGGUGCGCAAUUAUUAAGGUUGCCACUAUCUUGCUUUGGGUACAGUCGCCAUCGGAUAUAUCGGAGCGGACUUCGUGCUCACAAAUAUCUGAACACGGCUCUAUUGUCAAGAUUCAAGGCGUUAUAGUGCGUAUGUUUAAUGGCGACCACAGAUAAUAUAUUCGUAUAUCAGAAAGAUGUUAAAUAUUUGUAUUGUAUAUUUUUUGUAUUUUUAUUGUAUUUCUUUCCCAUCACGGAACAAUGGUGUUCCGGACCUUUGGGAGGCGUGCGCGGAGCCGAAGCCAACACGUAGAUGCCCUUUUGACACUUUAAUGAAGUGUAAGGGGUACUUAUUGUAUUUAUUCUUUCUUAUAUGAGCGUUUUCUAAAAUAAAUAUUGAAAACCUGAUUCUUUCAAAUCUGGACAUUCUUAGGCUUAUUCUACUCAGAAUGGGCAUCAUUCUUCAUCCUGUCAUUUAAAAAAAUGUCCAAUAAUGUCCAUUUCAUUACGUCACAUUUUUUUGUGAAAUUUUUUUUCACUACGUGCGUGACGUAGUGGAAUGUGCAAUUUUCGUACAAAUUAUUGGGACAUUUUUUCUUCCAUCAGGAUUGAAUAUGCUACUGAUUCUGAGUUGGAAAAACCCAAAAACACCAGUAUCUGUGAGAAUUAGGUUUUCAAUAUUUAUUUUAGAAAACGCCCAUAUAUUGAUUGUGAAAGAAAAACGUACGUUAAAAUGGGACAGUAAUAUUUGUGACCUUGAGCUGUCAAACACCAGUUUUGUUACAUAGUGAGACUUAUGUAAGUAGGGUCAAGGAGGGAACAGUGGCUCGGUAGAAAAAGGCCGGGUACAGUAGCUCACUUAAGCUAAUUUCAACACGAGAGAGCGAUAUUUAGGCGACUGAACCACUGUUCGAGCUGAGCCACUGUUUCCACCUUAACCCUACUAUUGAAAUUUUGCCAAGUAAAACUAUUUAUAUAAUAUGGCGAAUCGAUCCUAAAAAAAAACUGAAGACAAUUUCUAACAGGGAUGAAACAGUAAAAUUAAUUUUUAAAGGGUACCCUUUCUAAGCUAUCUAAACAUACUUUAUUUUAUCUUAUUAUCUGAUCAUAAAAACUACUCAUUUUAUUUAUUUAAUCUUUAUUGCACAAUACAUGAAGGCACUUAAAGCGGACUUAAUGCCUUAAAGCAUUUUCUACCAGUCAACCAAUGGGUUAAACCAGAAUGAUUAAGUAGGUGCAGUGUCUUUUACAGUAAAUGAAUUUUUAGAUUAUAUAAUUUACCACUGAAUGACACAUUAGUUAUAUAAUUCUUCAAAGGCCACUGUUAUUUAAGAGUUAAUGUACCGAAAACGGUAUGAGAGCGUUUCUUUUUUUUGCCAUUUUUAUGUUACCUUUUUUGCCACUUUUGUGUUAUUUCUAGUCAGGAUCACGAGCCCUUCUCAUCCUUAUAGGAGAAAAAAAGUGUCCCAAAAUUUCCAUACAUUUUUCAAACUUUCCUUUUUGUUACCGCCAUAGAAAGUAUAUGGGGAAAUGGAAACACAAUAGGAAAAAAAACCUUGGGACAUUUUUUAUCCCAUUAGGAUCGAAAGAGCUCGUGAUUCUGACUAGAAAUAACACAAAAGUGGCAAAAAAGGUCACAUAAAUAAAAUUCCAAAAAAAAACGCUCAUGAAAUGUUAAAAUUAUACAAUUGUGAUCGACUCGAACCUCAAGUUAGAAUAAACCUUAAUGUUAUUUAAUAGCUUUAUAAGAGCCACCCCACACUGGCGUCUUUUAAGCGUCGGCGCUUUGGAAAAUGGCGUCGCCGCGCAGUUACGCCAACGUUGCGUCAAGCAGCAGCCAUGACGCCAUACGGCCCGGCCACGACAUCGCGCGGCGGCGGCCAUACACCCCACACCAGAUGGAAACAACGUUGUUUUCUUUAAUAUCUCAUGUUUCUAUCUUUGUUGUAUAUAUUUGUAAACUAAAACUUACAUUAGGCAAACCCAAAAGAUUAAAAAUACACGCUUAAUAUCAAAACAUCCUAAAAUAUUGUCAAAAAGCUAAAAAAAUUAAGUAGGAAAAAGUUACAUAAUUAUACCUACCCUUUAAUUACAUGACAAAAUGUUGAAUUGGCAACUAUCACAGCCAGAGUAAUUUAAUUAAAAUGUUCUAUAAUUAUUUUUACCAAAUUGUCAAUGAGUAGUAUAAAAUCCAUCGCUUAAAGCCUUAAAAGAUCACUCUUUUCUAUUGAAAUACAAGCUUGUUUCCAUACUUUUGGCCUGGGGUGUAGGUUGGAGCGAGACACAGCUAUCGGACCUUUCGUUCCCACCUAUGGCUGCCGCCGCCGCACGAUGUCGUGGCCGGACCGAUACAGUUGACUGGACGCUGACGCUGGGAGACGCUAGUGUGGGUCCUAAAGGAAAUGAGCCGAUUUCCAACGCUUAUGCUAUAUUUAAUACAAAUUUCAAUUACGUAUUUGUGACGUUCUCAAUCAAAAGGUACCACAUUGUCGCUUGGCAUAAGGAUACUCUGACAGGGUAUUCGUAUAAAGAUACAAGCCAAUUUCGUCUUUAUGGUAAGCGACAAAGUGAUACCUUUGGAGAACGUCACAUUUGCUAUUUUAGCUAAAUUACUUUUUAUUAGUCUUCCAAACUAAUACUACCGUUAAAUAUUUUUUUAAAGUAAGACGUGUAAAGUCGGCUGUGCGCGUCGUGUAAACCCUCGUUUCUCUAAAGCAUUUAUUCGAAUAUGCUUCGAUACCGCAAUGAGUCCUUGAAUAUGAUUAUAUGUGCUGUUUUCAACCAAAAGGGUACUUAUUGUCGGUUGUCAAUAAAACGCUAUUUCCAUAAAGCUUCAGUUUGAAAUCAACCUUAUCGAGUUAUCGACAACCGACAAUGUGGUACCUUUUUGUUGAAAACGUCACAUAUCGUCGCAAUAAAGCAAUAAUGCACCACGAAUUUUUAUUUACAUAUUCUUGCUACAAUUUACUUAAAACAAGGGUAAUAAAAAAAAUAAAAAAAAUCUCGGCUAGUUUUUCUAUGAAAAAUAAAACUUAUAUAAGUAUAGCAUAUGCGCUUGGUGUGGUAAGGGGCUACAAAAAGACUAUUUUCUAGAAGUGGUAGGUACUGCAGCGUAUUAGACAUAUCAUAAUUACCAGUCAAAUUUGAUUACUUUCAACUCAUGUUUUCGGUAUUAACCUUUUGGACGCCAAUGACCGAUAUAUUGGCACCGCAGGUCCAACGCCAAAGACGGAUUAAUCCGUCACAGACCACAGAGGAACAUAGACCUGCAUGUGCAUAAGGGUUAAUUUCAGUUUUGACACUUCGGUGACGUGGCGUCUGAGUGACAGCUUUUGUGUUUGACACGGCGUCGAAAAGGUUAAAAAAAAUGUUUUUCCUUGACGCAAAUUAUUGAAGACGAAAAUGUAAUGUUAGUAAUAAUAGUUAGAAACGCUCGUACCACUUCUAGUAAUAACUGUGUAUAUGAAAUACGGUGACUCAGUUAUAAGGUAAUAUUAUAGGACUCGCUUUCCCAAGCUAAAUAUUAUAUUGGCGUAAGAUUAAAUGUGACGUUCCACGGUAAAGGUAGCUUAUGGCGGUUGGCACUUACGCUAUUAUUAACGACGCUCCAAUACUAAUGCGGUGCUACGUGACGUAAGCGCCGACCGCGAUAAGGUACCUUUUCCCGUAGUACGUCAUAAGUUUCUGUUAUGGUCCUUUGCCAUGAUGUAAAAAAAUUUUUUUUGACAACUGUAAUGUUCGAAUCAUUAUAAAAAAACGCUAAAGUAUUGCCAACUUUUUAAUAUUUUUAUUGUAGCCUGGUGCAUAAGCCUGCGGUCAUUGCAGUACAAAUUGAACUUAACCUUUCGUAUGCUUAGGAGCAGAUCUGCUCCAUAUAUCCAGUUGAAUAUUCAACUUAAACACGAAGUUGUCACGAUUGCUAUUUAUAUGGCAAUUUUUUGACAUGCGCAUACGAAAGGUUAAACGUAAAAUUGUAAGGUGUAAGCACCAAGGUAGUGAAAUAUGAUGUUCCACGGGUAAAGGUACCUUAUGGCGGUUGGCACUUACGCUAUUAUUAACGACGCUCCAAUAAUAAUGCGGUGCUGCGUGACAUAAGCGCCGACCGCCAUAAGGUACCUUUUCCCGUGGAACGUCACAAGUUUUGCUUGCGAUCAUUUUUGUAACUGACAGGCAAAAAAACAGUAAUGAAAAUGUUUUCUAAUACUUUGAAAACCAUAAGCCGAAGCAUGAUUUGAGACGCUUAUUUUGGUGCAUACAUAACGUCAAUUGCGUCGUUUUAGUGAUGAAUAUUACAAGUAAAAUCUAAUAAGUUUACGCAGUUCGCCUGCAGUUGGAAUGCAGUCCGUCUGUACGCUGACUGCACAGUUUCCAUACAAAUAGUAGUCGGGUUGCAGUCCCGCUGUAUCGGCCCUUAAAAAGUUUAUCUGGGCAUAGCCAGUAUUUUCUGCUUUGAAAUGAAACUGUGGUCUGCCGUGACAUCACGUCACACGCAACAAAAAAAUUACCAUUUUUACUCACGUGUUAAUGACAAAUAUAAUUGUAAUAUAAUAAAAAGUGGCACAGUUAAGUUGACAUUUUAUUGAAAAAAUAAUGUGGGUUGACACAUUAUUGCGAAUCAGCAUCCAGUUGAGCUUAUGUUAAAACAUUACAUUAUUUAUAAUUAUUAUUGGUAAAUGUGUACUUGUAUAUACAAAUAACAUUUCUUACAUAGGUACUUCUUACAUCAGGCGGGCCGUAUGCUUGUUUGCCACCGAUGUGGUAUUAAAAAAACACUUCUUACCAUGAAAAAACGUCGUGCGUAGGUACGCGGCAACUUUUUGUAACGAAUUUUACAGAUUGCAAAUUUUAACCUUUUGCCAAUCCACGAGAGGCGAUAUUGCUUUGCCGCCGCUGACGGGAUAUACCGUCGUUUUUUUAUAGAUAUAGUAGAAGUUUAUAUGUUAUGUGCAAGUACAUUUUACUCAUCUCAAAAUGUAUAUAGUGUUUAAAUUUAAUUUAAUUGGCUUAUAUAAAUGUUAAGACUUAUCGCUCAUUAUUUAUUUGACAGGUGCUAGUUUUGUAUAGCCUAACUUUUCGUCGAGAAUUUUGACAGAAAAUGUCAAAUCGACCAUUUUCCUUCAGCUGUUGACACGGUGUCCAUAUUAACCCCUAGUCUUGUCUGUUUCACGCGUAUAGUGCGAAAUUAAAUAAAAUGGAACUAAAAAAUUCCAUACUAAAUUGUUGCCAUGUUUAAGCAUUUUACGUCAAAAAUGCGACAGUUACGGAGGAAGUGGCGCCCUCAAUAAUUUUCUACAAUCUCUUGUCGGACUAUACGUUAAUAACUUAAUAAUUAUGUGGUUAAAAAGAGAUACAUAAUAUAUUUUGAAAUAAAGAAAUAGUUGUAUGCUAUAUUUAAUUUUAGGUGCUACUGAUUUAAAAAUCAUGACAGUUGAAAUGAGUUCUUUUGACGAAUAAAAUGUACAGAGGUUUGCUUUAAUAUUAAAAAGGGAGAUUAUUUAUUUUAUUAUUUUGCGGCUUCGAUGGUCAUUAGUAUUUAUUUUUAAUUACAAGGUGUAAUGUUCAAAAUAAAUUGUUAUUAUCAAAUUGUUACUUAAUAUCUAUCGUGGCUUAAGAGUGAAUAUAUAAUUAGGGAAUUUUCGUAAAAAAAAAAACUUUCUUGAAUAAUAUUAAGCGUUGCUUUUGAAUGAACUGAUUGAAGUGUCUCAAGAUUCGAGAAAGUCGAAAAUUGUAACUUUCGUUAAUAGAAAGUUGGAUUUUGGUCGAAAAUGCAGGGAUGAGUACUGUGUAUCCUUUUUGAAGGAGUGUAUAAUAAAAGAUAUUUUUCAAAUGUGAAAUUUUGAAGGGAUUUCGCUACUGUGGUUUUUAAAUGUAUCUCAAGGUAUCGAUGUUGCACUUUUAUUCUUUUAAAGUUAAAUAAAUAAUAUUAAAGUAUUUAUUUCAAAUGAAACCAUUUAACUUAAUAUUCAAUGCAUUUCUAAUCCUAUUCUUUUCACAUCAUUCUCAUUUCAAAGUGAUAAUUCAAAUUAAAUUAAAAUGAUUACUCCCUAGCUUUUAAUUUGUCUUUGAAUUGUUUAUAAAAUACUUUAAUAUUAUUGAUUCUAUACAUAUGUAUAAAAUGAAUAAAUAGUAAUUAUAUGUAGAUGCCAUUAAAUUCUAGUCUUGCUGCGUAGUCUUAGAACGAGAAUAUAUGUAAUAAUUAAUUAAUACAAAAAAUAUUUAGCAAUUAAUUAUGAUAUUAAAUGAGAGAAAAGGUUGACGCACCUGGAUCGUUUUACACUGGCAACACAGAGUAAUGUUGCCAGUGUGGAAAAGUCCGAAAAAUGUUGCUGAUUUAAAUUCGCUUUUGAAUGCGCGUUCGGUGUUUAUUUUUAUAUUGAACUUAUCUGUAUGGGAAAAAAAGUUAUGUAUCUACUAUUUGUUUGUAUGGGUAAUCUAAAUAGUACCAAACCCUUCGACUACCACAGUUAGCCAUAGCCGACAAAUGUUACUAUAUAAAAUUAACCUGAUAAAAUAGUCGUGGCGGUCAAAACGUUAAAAUCUCCAAGUAUGGACAAGUAUCGCUUAUCAAUUUGUAAUUGAUGGUAUUAAAUGUAUUGUUAUACUAGGGACACAGGAAAAAAAUGAUAUAUUUUAAAUUGAAUCCAGCUACAGAUGAGUUCAUUAUGCUAUACCUCAUGUAAUAUAUUAAAUUAGUGAAGUAAUGUACUUCUUUACAUAUGCUCUCAAUAAUAUCACGACAAGUAUCUGUUACUACUUGCCUCCUUAUUUACAAAAAGGGUAUAUAAUAUGAAAAUAUUUGUGCCAUUUUCAACCAAAAGGGUACUUAUUGUCGCUUGUCAGUAAGGCGCUAUUUCCAUAUAGCUUCAAUUAGAAAUCAACCUUAUCAACAAGCGACAAUGUGGUACCUUUUGGUUGGAAACGUCACAUUUGUUAUUUACUAACUUGAUAUAAUAAAUAGGGUAUGGCAACACCGAUGCAUUACAGUUCUAGUCUAUGGCCGCUUCCGUCUCUUAAAUUUUAUCUUUAAAAAAUGAGACAUUAUUUUUGUCAGAUGUAUAAAAAAUGUUAAUAAGUAUAGGGCUCUUUUUUAAAGCAUUGUCUGAGAGCGGUUUUUUUAUUGACGCACGCUCGGUUAACGUUUUAUUUUGCCAUAUUUUUUUACAUUUACCGAAAUAUGCACAAUAAAAUUUUAAAAGGUAAUUUGUCCUUUCA